GAUAAUAUAGUGUUAUUCUUUAAAAUACCAUGAAAAUACCCUGGUAACAAGAUUUAUAUAAGUACCAUGCUAUCACCUUGUGCUCUGGGCAUUUACCAUGGUAAUACCAUGAUGCAUUUUCAGGUAUGAAAGCACUGCAACUUCACAACAAAUCAAAGUGAUGGUUGAGAAGAUGGAGGUCAAAGGUGAACGGCAUUUUAAGGGUGGACAGAAGAAGGGUCAUAAACGGCCCGUGCCGGACGGCAGCGCUGACGGCGGGACCAAGAGACAAAGACUGGACGCCACGACGGUGAGCUACUUCCGCCGCGUCGGUGAUCGACUGAACGAGGGAUUCACGGAAGAGGAAGAGCAAGCUCUGUUUGUGGAGAACGUGCUGUCGGAGGUGAAGGGUAAAGCGGCGCUCGUCUCCACACAUAUGACAGGGAGUCAUGCUCUGGAGCGGCUGCUCUCAUUGGCCAGUCUCGCUCAGGUGGCAGAGGUGCUGGCCGAGCUGGGAGGAGAGACGGGGUCAGAGUUCAGAAGUGUGUCAUGUGAUCAGUGCGGAGGUCAUGUGAUGGAGAGCGCGCUCAGACAGGCCCACCGCUGGACGGAGGAGAGCCCUGCGGAGGAGGACGCUGACGCCACCGAGGAGGACGAGGAGCGUUGUGGGAUGCUGGAGGCUCAGGUGAAGCGCCUGUGUGAAGUCGUCAGAGAGAAUAUCGUGGAGUUCCUGAAGGAUUCGUACGGAUCGCAUGUUCUCCGGACGCUCAUACAGGUGCUGGCCGGAUCUCUGACUCAAGACGCACCUGCUGCUCAAACAGGCAAAAAGCCCAAAAAACCCAAAACGGAGGUGCUGGAUUUCGAGAUUCCCGUCUCGUUCUGGUGGGAGCUGAAGCAUCUGUCCGACUGUCUGAUGGAAAACGUGAACGUGUGCGUGACCAACCCGAGCUCCAGCGCCGCUCUUCAGACGCUGCUGACCGUCACUCACAGGAAGAGGCCCAUUCUGUGCAAGCAGCUGAUCAAGGGCAUCAUGGGAUACCUGACGUCGCUCAGCUCGGCUCCUGGAGUCAGCCCGCUGCUGGUGUUCUUGAAGGAUCCGUCCUGCAGUCAUCUCAUCCAGACCGUCUUCAGCUUCUCCCAUAAGGCUCUGCUGCGAGACGUCUACAAGAACCACCUGAGAACGCAGCUGAUGCCUCUGGCCCUUCAUCGCAUCGCAAACUUCACCAUCCAGAGUCUGAUCGCAGCUUCAGCACACUGCAAAGUGUUCCUGAAGAUCUUCGAUGAGCUGAUGGAGGGGUUCGAGGCGAUUCUGGCCGCGGAUCACAUGGGUGUGGUGGUUCAGAUGGUGGAGAGCUGCGCUCACUGGGAGGAGAAACAGAAUGAACUGCUGCAGCGCCUCCUGCAGGCAUUUCACUGCAAUGAACCGGCGUCACUGCAGGUCUCCUGUCUGCCUCUCUUCCUGUCCCUACUGACGUAUGAAGUGUACUACAGCACAGAGGCAGCAGAGGGAGACGCCGUCAAACAGCCUGCGCAGCGCAGUCUGUCCAUAUGUUAUCACGGAUCUCGACUGGUUCAAGCUCUGGCCGGAUUCAAAGACCGAACCGUCCUGAUGAACAGCCUUCACGGCCUCAGCUCCGCCGACCUGCUGACCCUCGGCACCGACCGCAUGGGCAGCCACGCGCUCCAGAUGCUGGUGACCACGGCCAGCGAUAAGGGCCGAGGAAAGAUCUUGAGAAAGCUGGAGGAGCUUUACGUUCAGCUGGCCUGUUCCAGCUGCGGCAGCCGUUUGUUAGAGGCCGUGUGGAACAGCGCCAACGUCAAUCAGAGACAAAGCAUCGCUGAGAAGCUAGUCCCCAGCGAAAGUCAGCUCCGAUCCGAUCAGUUCGCACGGCACGUUUGGGCCAAAUUCGGUCUGACGAACUUCAUGAGGCGACGGGGCGAGUGGCAGGAGGUUCAAACGGGAGAGUCAAAGAAAAGGAAGAUGUUUAAUGAUAUUCUGCAGUAACUCAGAGACUUUAAACUUUAAACUGUAAUUGUUUCCUCUGAACGACGCCGUACGAGAGUCAUUUAAGUGACUGAGGAAUUUGCAUUGAAUCAUCGUCGAAGUUGCAUUUUAUAAAUAAAAACAUCCAAAUGCUA